UUGAGUAUUUUAACAAAUUAACUUGAGAGAGAUUUAUAGAAAUAUUUGGACUUAGGCUUAUUGUUACUCAUUUUUCAUUUAAAAAUUUUUCAAUCUGGUAAUCACCUAAUAAUUGUGAAUUUUGAAGUGAAUGUGUGAGGUGUCUUCUAAAAUUAAAUUUAAUUAGGGGUUUUGGUGUGUGUGUGUGUUUGUGUGUGUGUGUAAUAUAAUUUAUAGUAUGUGUGCCUUCCUUUUAUUUUCACUCCUGUGGUGCAGGGAGUCAUAUCCAGACUGUUAAUCAGCUCUGAGCAAGUUGAUCAGUGUUAAGCAAGUUCUCAGUCACUGAAGCAUGUCCCUAGCUGAUAUGUUUGCUUUUGAAAAUGUUAAAAAAUUGCUACAGAGUAUACUAGGAGAAAAACACUAGUAAGUAUUUUUUUUAGGCAAGAAAGAAUGAACCAGAAUCAAAAAUAAAGGAAAAAUUUAUUAAGUAAAUGUACUUGGAAAACAUAAUUUUACUGUGGAUUGUACUUUUUCUUUUAAUAAGCCGAAACAUUUUGAUGGCAAUAAAUAUUAACUAUUCCUUAGAGCUAAUAUUUAAGUUAAACAUAAUAUUCACUAAACUUUAGUAGUUACAACAUGAAUAGUGUCUUUAAUUUCAUCUAGAAGUCGAGGCUGGGUCUGAGGACUGACUGGUAGACUGCACAGCUGUAUUGGUCUGAUUUCCAAAAUAUGUUACAUAAUGGUAGGAGACAGAAAACUCAGAUAAAAGCAUAAAUGAACUUGAUGAUAAGUUAAAAAACUCUCUCAGUGAAACACCGCGGCUGCAAGGAUUUCAGUACAGCUCUUUCAGAAAAGUUAUGUGUACAUUAAAGGCAGAAUGGUUACAGUUUCUGGAAUAUCAGAAUUAGGUCUGUAGACAAAAUGAGAUCAUUGGAAGGAUAAAAAGAGGUGACUAGUUAAAGUUGGUUGCUGAAGUAAUAGUCAAGAAUAACUGACAGCAAAUACUCUGGAUUUUUAGAAUUUAUUAGAAGAAAGGCAUUAUUUCCACUGCUAAUCAAGCCAAUGAGGAGAGGUUAAAAGGUUUUAAAAAUUAGCAGACUUUUAAAAAAGAUCGACUUCGACUAGAAAUGAUAAGAUUUUCUGGCAAUAAAGUUUUUAUUCACUGAGUGUAUAGUGACUAGUGACAACCCUGAAACUGUAAGCAUCCUUUGAGACCAUUCAUCAUUCUCCUGCGUCCAAAUAACUCAAUACACAGUGAUGGAUUAUGCUUCUUGAGUUGACAGCAGAAUUUCUGGAGAAUGUAAGGAACACACGAGGUUUUCAGUUUUCUUGCCAGUAGCUUUAUAGCUUUACUUUGUGAUCUAUAAUUUAUAAAUAUCACUUGAAAACUGCUUUUUUUUUAAUUGAGACGCUUUUUGUUACAGAAUUGUCAACUGUUAAAUAACUGAAAUUCUUUUGCACUUUGUGAUGUUUCUGUGUUCUAUGGAGAAAGCUAGAAUACUAUACUCCCAAAUACGUCCCUUAAAUUUGAAUACUGUAAGAAGCAGCAGAGUCAGGAUAGCUCCAUGAGGAUAGAGGAGAUGGCUUAGCUAGUUGGCAAAGUGCCUGCAUUGGAAGCAAAAGGACCCCAGUGUGGAUCUCCAGAACAUGUGAAAUCCUGAUUAGGCAGUGUGUCCCUGUUGCUGGAAAGGUGGAAAUAGGUGAUUCCUGGGACUUGCUGGCCAGUGUCUCAUCAUUUGUUUAAGACUUAAUCUUCGUUGAAGGUUCUAUGUACGUCAGAGGUCUAAGCCAUGAUUUCAGUUGGAGCUUCUUUCAUUGGAGCUUCUCCUGUGCGAAGUGUACUAUGCAUUAAUAAACUUGCUUUACUCUUGUUAGCUUGUCUUUGGUUACCUGUAUUUCUCCCAGGAAUUAAUUUAUGAGGUUUAGAGAGAUUGUAUUUGCUCCCUGACAGACAUAUGUGUUUAAUUAAAAUUAUAGAGGAGAAUUGAUAAUUAUAAAAUUAUAAAGUGACUGAUGAGGUCAGUAAGCAUUGCAGGAACUCCAUCUUCCACCCUCCAUUCCUUGGGGUCUCUGCCCCUUGGUGCUGGCCCAUGGCAUUCUUACCUCUUCCAUCUGACCGUCAGCUUUCUUUCUCUUUCCCAUCUCCACUGCUUCGUGUCAGCUACAAAUCUUCAGAAACUUUCUUCCAGGGACCCCCUCAAUGGUUACAUUGUGCUGGGAUUCAGGUAGUCUUCACUGUUUUUCCUUGUCUCCAUUCUGAUCUCUCCAAACGUACUCCCCACCAAAGGAGCUUGUCUUCCCAUGCCACCUCCAUUCUUUGAGGUCUCCACCUCUUGGUGUAGACCCAGGGUCCCCUAAGCACUGAUCCUCUCAGCCUUCCCUUCUAACUCAUCUCCAUUUUUGUGUCACCCUCAGCUUGCAGAAGCACUCUUUGCUGUACUAGCCUAGCCAGAGCCACCAUACUAGCCUAGGAUCUAUAGUGGACAGCAGCUAUUAAAGAAUGGAACACCCACCCAGCAAAGACAAGACCAGAUGAUUUAGAUACUUACAGCUCUGGAGAUAAAGUUGGCUCAUCGCCAAGAUACUACUCUGAUGAAAGGAAGCAUCCCAUAACAUCUCUCUGCAGUUCCUUCAAACAUUUAAAUGCGAACUGAUGAUGAACUGGAUUCUUUUCAUGAUUUAAAGAAAUGGGAAACAGAAAAAGAAUUAAUCGAAGAUGAUCAUAGAGAUGGUGGCUCCAAAAUAACAAAGCAUUCCUUCAAAGAAAUGGAAAACGAUGCCCCGCCAACUAACAUGGCCUCCUCAAGACUCCAGACUGAGUGUUGCAGUGGUUCCGUUGACACGCCUCCAAAGCACGCCGUUUACCCAAGACCCAGAGGGUCAAAGAAACAGGGUUUGCUUCCACAUCAAAUAAAUCAAAUAUAUGAUGAAUUAUUUCAUAUACAUAUGAAACUGCAGAAUGAAACUGCAGCACAGCAGAAAUUCGCUGAAGAACUUCAAAAACGAGAACAGUUUUUAGCAGAACGAGAACAGCUACUUUUCAGACAUGAAACUGCCUUGAGCAAAAUUAAAGGUGUUAAAGAAGAGGUUCUGACAAGAUUUCAAAUUUUAAAGGAGCAACACAGUACAGAAAUUGAACACUUAACAGAAACUCUUAAGGAAAAGAAUAAAGAGAACAAGAGAAUGAGGUCCUCCUUUGAUACCCUGAGAGAGCUGAAUGAUAACUUAAGAAAACAGCUAAAUGAAGUAAGCGAGGAAAACAAGAAGAUGGAGAUUCAGGCUAAAAGGGUGCAAGCUCGUCUAGAUAACUUACAGAGGAAGUAUGAGUUUAUGACAGUACAGAGACUGAAAGGAGAUUCCCAUGCUGCUCACGAAGUGAAAAGUUCAAAACAAGAAAAAGUACCAGCUUCAAAACCUUUCAAGGCAGCACUCAAUGGACAAGUGUAUGAGCUGAUAGCUGUUUUCAUGGACUGGAUAUCAGACUGCCAUCUUAGCAAAGUGGAGCCUGAGGAACCUGGUGUAGACGGUGAAAAGCCACCAGCCAAGCCUUCCCAAAGAAGUGACAUUCAAGAGAAAUGUGUAAAGCUUUUGCCUAUGAUGACAGAGCAGCUCCAGUGGAUGCCGUUGGUGAACACCAAACUGCAUGAGCCUUUUGUACGGUUUAUCUACUGGUCUCUGAGGCAGCUGGAUGCUGGCACGCAGCAUUCAACUAUGACGUCAACGUUGAGGAGAUUGGGGGAAGACAUCUUUAAAGGAGUUACAAUGAAAGGAACUCAGGAUAAUUCUUUAGAACAUUCUGUAGAGAACAAAGCAAAGACAGCAGCGUUCUUCAAGAGCUCCAGCUUGUCACUGAGAUUCUUAUCAACCUUAAUUGUCCUCAAAACAGUCACUCAAGCUGACUACCUGGCUCAAGCGUUUGACUCCCUUUGUUUGGACUUGAAGACAGAUGAAGGAAAAACCUUAUUUUUGGAGUACCAAGCCGUUCCGGUAAUCCUGAGACACCUGAGAAUAUCCAGUAAAGGGCUCUUGUCCAACGUCAUCGACAGCCUGCUUCAGAUGACAGUAGAGUCAAAGUCCCUGCAGCCUUUCCUGGAAGCCUGUAGCAACUCUCUGUUUUUUCGUACUUGUUCUGUGCUGCUGCGAACCCCUAAACUUGAUCUUCACAUCCUAGAAAAGCUCAGCAUUAUCCUACAGAAGCUUUCCAAAAUCAAGAGUAACAAGAAACUCUUUGAAGUUUUCACCAUUCACCUAAUGCUUCAGGAAAUACAAAGGACAACACAUCCAGAGCACGCCUUUCUCUGUAUUAACCUCAAUUCAACUCUGUUCAAUCUGGGUUUGACAAAAUGUAACUCCCUGGUCUCCAGUAUAGGCCAUUAGAGUGUGUGUGUGUGUGUGUGUGUGUGUGUGUGUGUGUGUGUGUGUGUGUGUGUUCUUUAUUUGUAAAAGUGGAAAAAUCACCAAAGUACAAUUCCACAGAGUAAAAUUAUCACCAGCAUCAUUUAUCAUGAAAGAUACCUAGAAAGAUUUUUCAGCUUUGUAAAGGAGACCCAAAAGGUAUGGAUGUUUUAAAUGUUUCAGUUGAAGGUAAUACUAAUGUACAAGGUGGCUUUUUCAGAAUUCAAGGCAUCAGGGUCAGCAUGCAAGGCAACAGGGUUAUAUUUUAUAAAAAAAUUUAGGAAAAGUCUUUCUUGAAAUUAUGUGAAUAUUUGGAAUAUAAUUUGUCCUUAUGUGGAAAUAAACUGUUAUCAUUUUUCCCUUAA